GGAGAAGAGAGAGUCUGCGCAGAAGGGAGGAACAAUAGAGAAUCAAAGCAUAAUGAUAUUCCUAAAUGAAGAGGGAAAUGUUGCCGCACUCAUUUUAUUAAUCAGACUGUCAAUUUCACCCCAGAGGCCAAACCCAGGAGCCAUCUAAAGCAGGAGCAGAUCAGCAGCGCGGCGCCUCCUCUCCUCACUCCUUCUCUCUCUCUCCACCUGGAUAUGUGGCUGGUCGCCUCCAUCAUCCUCGCGCUGCCCUCUCCCUCUUUUAUUUGCUUAUAAACCUGUUACAAUAAAUGAUCAUGCGAGCGGCGUCACGCGCACCUUUAACGGCGGAGGCGCAAGCCACUUUUUGAUGAAUGACAUCUCGGACCGGAGAGGAUGCACGGGUCAUUUUGAGCAGUCACUCGUCGCCCGCACUGGCAUUCUUCUCUCUCUCUCUUUUACUCUCUCUCUCACACACUUACAUACUCUGUCCUUCUUUCUCUAUUCAUUUCUUUCUUUUUUUCAUUCGUUUCGUUUUUUCCCCCAGUACUUUCGCACCGUUUGUAACGGUGUUAUAUUAUUUAGAGGCAGCAGCAGAGCUGAAUGCGGAUUAGCUCCGCCACCGCGCUCCGGACUCUUCGCUUGAUUUUUUUCCUCGCUACGUCCCUAUGGAGAGGAUAAGGAAAGAGAUGAUUCUGAUGGAGAGGGGGUUGCACAGUCCUGUAGCAGCCAAGCGCCUCUCCAACCUGUCGGACUCGAGCGGAGGAGGUGCGGUGCUUGAGGCCCUGGAGAACUCCGCGCACGCUGGCCGCCUAAGCCCCAGACUGUCCGCGGCCUCUCUGCACGGUGCCUUGGGCGACAUGCCUACCAAAGGCAAGUUCGAGAUCGACAGUUUGUUUGGGAAUCACCAUUCAAGCGAAAACAGCGCGGCGGCCGAGAUCUCGAGCUCGGACAGCAGAAAGAAAGUGAGCCUGUAUCCGGAUGUAUCAACCGACUCCGAGAUGAACAGCGACGUGGAAGUCGGCUGUCCGGCUCACCGCUCACCGGGCAGCCAGCACAAGGAAAACAACAACAAAGGGUUCUCUGACAAUAAUUCAGGCAGUUCGAACUCCAGCUCUUCAUCCGUCUCUAACCAUAACGGCAACUCUAUCGGGAGCUCCAACAACUCCAACUCAGAUCAGGUGCGCAGGUACCGCACUGCUUUUACCAGAGAGCAGAUCGGCAGGCUGGAGAAGGAGUUUUACAGGGAAAACUACGUCUCACGACCCAGGAGGUGUGAGCUGGCUGCAGCGUUAAACCUGCCAGAAACCACAAUUAAGGUGUGGUUCCAGAACCGGCGAAUGAAGGACAAGAGGCAGCGCUUGGCCAUGUCCUGGCCACAUCCGGCCGACCCAAGCUUUUACACCUACAUGAUGACGCACGCGGCGGCGACCGGAAGUCUGCCCUAUCCUUUCCACUCGCACAUGCCCCUGCACUACUACCCCCACGUCGGCGUGACUGCUGCGGCGGCGGCGGCUGCAGCUUCAGGCGCCGCGUCCUCGCCAUUCGCCACCUCCAUUCGGCCCCUUGACACGUUCCGCGCGCUCUCGCACCCCUACUCGCGGCCCGAACUACUCUGCAGUUUCCGCCAUCCGGGACUCUACCAGUCGCCCGCGGGCCUCAACAGUUCGGCGGCGGCGGCAGCAGCAGCAGCAGCGGCGGCCGCGGUGAGCGCGCCCUCCGCCGCAGGGCCAUGCUCGUGUCUUAGCUGUCACAGCAGCCAGGCUGCCGGUGCGCUGGGUUCGCGCGGCGCCGGCUCUGACUUCACAUGCACAGCAAGUGCGCAGCGGUCAGAGAGCGGAUUUUUGCCCUACUCGGCUGCAGUGCUGAGCAAAACUGCCGUGCCCUCACCUGACCAGAGAGAGGAAAGCGCCCUCAAUAGAUAACUUAGCACUGGACAGUUCCGAAGGGGAUGCUACUUUUUUAUUUUUUGUUUUGCUAAUUUCGCCGGCCUCGUUUAAAUUAUUGUUAGCAAAAUGUAAAAAAAUAAGGUAAAAUGCCAUUCAAAACAUAGAGCCGUUCCUAUACCAACACACAAUAAUAAACCACAUACAGUUAACUAGACAUUAAAAAUCAGAAAUGACAGGCCUGAGCAACCAGCCCCUUAUGCUUUAAAGAAUCAGAGAGAAAGCUUCAAUGUCGUGAACACAGUAAUAGACUGUAGAUGAUUUUAGUCUAUUUUUUUCAAGUCUUUAUUUCUUUCUCUGGCGUUUUUAUAUCGAAUUUGUUAUAAGCAAAUAGGUAUCACAGCGUCCGUGCUAUAAGGAAAAAAUAAGAGUGCAUGUGUCUUAUAAGGUAUCAGGACCAGGAUAAGGAUUCCGUGCUGGAUGUGGGGCUGCUCCUGGGACCCCUCCUCCAAUCUGUAAUCCGAUGGCGCUAUAGGUGCUCAGAGUCUGCGCCGCGUCCACUGUGUCAGUCUUGCUCUUAUUAAUGUAAAGAUUAUGACGAAAAUUGCCAAUCAUGUAUCUUGAUGGAGCUACUCUGAAUGUGAAAAAGGAAAUAUAGAAAAGUUGCCUGUUUUGAGCCUCGCUGUCCAAGCACUAACAACCCGCUGUGGGAAGUCAUUAAAGAAGGCAGAUAAAGGGACCUUGAACAUCCCACCUUUUUGUGGGUGAAUAUUGUACUGUAACAGACGUUGUAUUCGUUACCUGAGGAAAUUUAUUUUUAAAAAAGAAGAAAAAGCAAAGAAAGAAAAGACUACCCCCUCUUCAGCAGAAUCCUAUUCCAAUCUCCUUAUUGGAGCUCUAGUCGGCGUGGGUUGAAUCUUCUCUUAGCUAUAUGUUCCGCUGAUGCGAGCAGCCUCAUUAAAUCCGAUCGGAUAUUUCCAUAAUACUCCCAAUAGAGACUCUUCACUAUAACGGGAUUAUCCGCUAUAGUUAUAAGCCCGAAACUUCAGACAAAUUGCUCAUGCAUUUCUGUCUGCCUGCAUUUUUUUGUCACCCAGCUACCAUUCUGCCCAUUAGACAACCGCAUUUCAACACAUGCAAAGCAGCGCUUGUACAGUCUAUUUUCAACGGUGGAACACGUUUGUUUUUAUUAUAAAAUGCUUAGCCUCGUUCAGAUAAUAAAACCAAAUUAUAGACACCUCUGUGAAAUAACGCGCGUGUAAUUAUUUAUUUAAUUAUUAAUUUAUUUAAAUUAACCUAUUUAAUUAAAAGGACUGACUGAAUGUUAUAUUUAUUGUUUUUUUACGUGUCUUCACAUUUCUGUACGUUAAUAGAGUUCCAAAUACAUAUCAAAAUGCCACCCAAAGCAGAACUACAGUACAUAUCACACCAAAUGGAUCACACUCAUUGUAUAUAAUACAUAUGACAUUGGAAAUGUAUAGCAUUUUAUACUGUACGUUAGUAGGGGAUGCGAAAGGGCUGGUUAUUGCUGUAGAAACGGUUCCGUAAAUGGAAAGACUGAAUUUCCUCUGUUUUGCCCUUCUCCCCAGGGUCGCUGUGAUUCAUGACUCUGUAAAUAACGUCUCUGUAUUUUAAAUAUUACCGACUGUAUGAAUUUUCAUAUUUUCACUUGAGAAAAAUGUGCAAUAUAAAAAUGUAUAUUAUGUUAUUUAUUGAUGGUGUUUGUUCUUGGGAAAUAAAUAUUUAAAAAGCAAA